CUGGCACUCCUAAUAAUAAAAUAAAAAAGAAAAGUAAAAAUUCCCUUCACAACUACUACAGCCACUCUGCUAUUCUUGUCCUCCUGUUUCCCCCCAUAUAAAACAACCCAACCCCUCCCUCAUUUCCCCUUACACAAUCCCCCCCUGCCAUUCUCCAUAUCUAUCUAAUUCCAUUCCACACUUGACGUAUACACUUAAAUAAUACUCCUAAUACUAACAUGCCUGGAAGCUUUGAGCUGGAGCCUCUAGACGUGGGACUCAUUCAGAUCCCGUAUUACUUCAGGUGUCCGAUUUCUCUUGAGCUCAUGCGUGACCCUGUCACCGUCUCAACCGGUCAGACUUACGACCGCACCAGCAUCGAGUCCUGGGUGGCCACCGGGAACACCACGUGCCCUGUCACACGUGCGCCUCUCAGUGAUUUUACUUUCAUUCCUAAUCACACGCUUCGCCGUUUGAUACAGGAGUGGUGCGUUGCGAAUCGUGCUUAUGGUGUACAACGCAUUCCCACGCCUAAGCAACCGGCUGAUCCGGUCACUGUGAGGACGCUUCUGAACCAGGCUGGCUCUGGGGCGAGUUCGGUGCAUUCCAGGCUAAAUGCGCUGAGGCGGCUCAGAGGACUCGCUCGUGACUCGGAUAAGAACAAGGCGGUGAUUUCCACGACUAGAGCGAGGGAGAUUUUGUUGUCGAUUGUGUUCUGUGAUGUGCGUUCUGAUGUCACGGAGUUGAAUCUCGAGGCGCUCGCGAUUGUUUCGAUGUUUUCGUUAUCGGAAUCGGAGUGUUUGUUUGUAGCGGCGGAUUUGGAGAAAGUUUCGUAUCUCGUGUCUCUUUUGUUUCAUAAUUCGAUUGAUGUACGAGUUAACUCAGCUGCGUUGAUUGAGAUUGUCAUCGCCGGAACUAGAUCGCCGGAUAUCCGAUCGGAGAUCGGCAAAGUCGACGGGAUUUUUUACGGCGUCAUCGGAAUUUUGAAAUAUCCUUUAUCGUAUCCUCGAGCAUUGAAAAUCGGGAUUAAGACACUGUUCGCUCUGUGCUUGGUGAAGCAACACCGUCACAACGCCGUCGUCGCCGGCGCCGUGGAGGCUUUAAUCGAUAGACUACCGGACUUCGAGAAGUGCGACGCGGAGAGAGCAUUAGCUACAGUUGAACUACUUUGUAGAAUUCAAUCAGGUUGCGCGGCGUUUGCGGAGCACGCGCUGACGGUGCCGUUGUUAGUGAAGAUAAUUCUGAAGAUUUCCGAUCGCGCGACGGAGUAUGCCGCCGGAGCUCUGUUAUCGCUUUGUUCGGAAUCGGAGCAGUGCCAGCGUGACGCCGUGGCGGCGGGCGUGUUGACUCAGUUGUUAUUACUUGUACAGAGUGAGUGCACGGAGCGAGCCAAGAGGAAAGCGCAAAUGCUUUUGAAAUUGCUUAGGGAUUCCUGGCCGGAUGACUCCAUCGGGAAUUCUGAUGAUUUUGGGUGCAGCGACGUCGUUCCCUUUUGAGGAAAUGGCUAUUCCUAUUAGUGCAGAGCCUGAUUAUUCAUUCUUCUUGUCUUUUUGGUUUCUAUUUUUGUAAUUUCAGGUCAAAAUGAGAUUAUAGAGGGAUUAAAGUAAUUGAAAAAAACAAAUUAGUGAGGGUAUAUAGAAAGUGCAUUUGUGUAUAUGUAAGAAACUUUUUCUAUUGAUAAAUCUAUUUAAUUUUCACUCA